GAAAAAUCCCUUGUUCUGGCGGCUGAAACUAAGUAGAGAAGAUUCCCAGCGUUUUUAAAUAUUCUACUAGCAAGAAGCCUAUGUUGUCAUGAUUUUUGCAUUGAACCAUCUUCAAAAGUUUCAAGAAACAGGGGAAAAACAUGGCAGGGUUGGAACCAAAAUCGACACUGGCAUCGCCAGGGGAGAGUGUGAUUGUUGUGAUCGAUGCAAACCGGAACAAAGUCAUGGUAGAUGCACUUGCAUGGGCUAUUCGAAACAUUGUGCAGCCUAGAGACACGGUGGUGGUUCUUGGUCUUUUAUCCGAGGUCUGGAAGAAGAACGCAUGCAUUCCACUCUUUUCUGGUACAUGGGUGAGACUGGAGUUUUCGGGGCAAGGAGAAUUGAGCCCCAAAGAAUUUGAAGAAGAGCUCGAGAGAAAGAGGGAAGAAUACCAGUCUGCAAUCCAGCCAUUCUACCGGCAAUGCAAGAAGAAUGGGGUAAAACUGGAGGCUAAACUGGCUGUUGGAUAUGAUCCGAAAACAAUCACAGUGGAAAAUGCACACAAAUUUAACCCUAGGUGGAUAAUUCUAGACAGUCACUUGAAAAGAGAUAAGGUGUAUAUAUACGGCCAUGUGACCUGCAAUGUUGCUGUCAUGAAAGAAAAGGGUGUAGCAACCUUAAUGCCAUCAAGAGGGCUUGCCAGUGAGCGAUUUUCUGUUGACAGACAAGAUAACGAUACUGAAAAAGGAGCUGACAUAGAGCAAGAGGAAUGUCAUGAUCUUGCUCAAGAUUCAAUUUGGGUCUUACCCACAUUAUCUUCACCCCGGAGUCCUUGCUGGUAUCCACUUUCAUGGAGAAGCGGUUUCCCUAAAGUUUUCUCUUUCGAUGAACUUGAAGUGAUGACAAACGGCUUUUCUAAAGAACAUUUGUUGAUAGCAGAUGGGGAUAAGAUAGUCUAUGAUGGUAUAUGUCAGGAAACUCCUGUCAUAAUCAAGAAGUUCUCCGCGGAAGAUGACCAAGCAAUAGCAUUGCUGAAGAUCCUUUCACGAGUCAGACAUCGCAAUAUUUUUAACCUGGUUGGAUAUUGUUCAACUCAUGAUUCUCUUGCUCUGCUAUUUGACUAUCCCUGCAGUGGUGCUCUCAAAAUGUACUUGCGAAGUGAUGAGUCGGCCAAGAAUCUUUCGUGGAAAGCUAGGUGGUACAUUGCUCUUGAUAUAGGUGCAGCCAUCCGCUAUCUUCACGAGGAAUGUAUUGAUGGACCUAUAGUAGAUGUCAUCGUAGAUUCGUGGAAUAUAGUAAUAUGUCAUGGUUCGUCUUCCUUACUUAACAUAAGCCACACGGCAAAGUGGCUCAAACAUGAUAGUUUCUAUGACGAACUUUCACAAGACAAAUGCCAGGAUACAGAAAGUGAAAAACGACUUUCUGCUGAUGUAAGUGCUUACGGAGUACUCCUCAUAGAGCUGAUAACUGGAAAGAGUGAGCCGACUUAUGAAGAGCGGACUGAGGGGCACCCUUCUCUAGUUGACUGGGCAUUGCCACUUCUUGAAAAUGGUUCACUUGACCAAGUGAUGGAUCCGCGAUUGGCACGUUCUAAUGAUUCUGCUAUGAUUGAUAACAUGGUUCGUGCUGCAUUACUCUGUCUAAAAAGAGAUUCAGGCCACAAGUCUGUAAUUAGCAAGGCCUUGGCUGUGCUUAGAGGAGAAGAAUUUGCAGUAACCAUAAAGCCCUAGAUUGCUAGUACAUUUCAUUCAGGAGAGGAUGCCUGAAAUUUGUUGUUAAGAUUGUUAAUGGUUAUUCAUCUGUGAUGCCAAUAUAUUAUCAUAAUUUUGUCAAAAUUAUAUUA